UACGAGUUAUAACAGACGUGAUUCGAAGAACAUCACUAAACAUAACAACAAUUUAAUUGCAAAUGUACAAUCUAGGUUCCUUUGAUUUUGUACCAAAACGAAUAUAUUAUAAAUAAGUGUUUUCAUGAGUGUUUUAUAUUCUUCCUAUAAAUUUCAACUCUCUUUACACUUCAACUUUUAUUUCAAAUCGUUUAAACAAGUUCUGUGUGAACUGUGAACCGUUCAUAUAUUAAUGACAGUUAUUAAUUUGUUACGUUGUCAGUUGUGACGUUGUGAGGUUAUGUGAGAGAUAGCGCAUCUCUACUUUAUCUAGAAUUCUAUUCAAUAAUGAAUACCGAGAAAAGGAAUAAUCGUGGACGUGGGCGAGGGCGAGGCCGUGGCAGGGGUAGGGGUAGAGGUCGCGGCCGGGGCAAAAAGGUGCCAAAAGUGAUGUCUAGUGACGAAGAGGAAUGCUCCGUUGAAGAAACCUCUCAAGAUACCGAGGAGCCUGCACCAGAAGAGCCUAAAGAGGAGGCCGAGCCUCCAGAACCCCCUAAAUUGGAGGUCCCAUCAGAUAUUUCCCAGUUAGAGGCUCCCGUCUUCACAACAUUACAACGCGGACCUCCAGAACCUAUGCUACGUUUGGAUUGGAGCCAUAGAGCGACACUCAUCGGUGAAAAAGUUCUCAACCCUAUGAUUUACUGUUGCGAUACUUGUUCCAAACCUAUACUUAUUUAUGGACGUAUGAUACCAUGCAAACAUGUGUUUUGCUUUUCAUGCGCACGAGCUGAUCACACUCACUGCCCGAGAUGUAGGGAAAAGGUUCUCCGUGUAGAGCAAACGGGACUUGGCACGGUGUAUAUGUGCACACAUUCCGGUACCAGAUAUGGCAAUACUGGGUGUCGGAGAACAUAUUUGUCACAGCGCGACCUCCAAGCGCACAUCAACCACCGGCACGUGUCGUCGGGCUCCGAGCCCAAGCCGGAGUCCGAGCCGCCCGCCGCCUCCGUCGCCGUCGUCAAACCUAUCACCCUGCCGCCGUCGGUGGGCGCGGCCGACCCGCGGCACGGCGAGCGGCGCGCGCGCACCAACCUCAUCACCGUGCCCCUGCAGGAGCAGCCCGACUCACACGCCUACUACAACUAUUAUCCUCCCCCGCAGCCGCCGCCGCUGAGCGCGCCGCCGCACGCCUACUACGCGCCGCCCUACGCCGCGCCGCCCGCCGCCUACGUGCCGCCAGGUGGCGCGAUCCCCGCGGUGGAGGUGGCGGCGGCGCGCUGGGCGGAGCCCUACAGCGCGCCGCCGCCCGCCGCGCCGCCCGCCUGGCCCGCGCACUACUACAGGUAGCCUUACCUCUACAAUGGAAGACCAUAGUGAAGUGACUACAGUGAAAGUUGUUAUUGUGGUAAAAUGUACUAAGUUUUGUGAUGUGAAAGAUAGUGGUAAUUGGAGGUCCUGAUACAUAGUGGAAGUCUGCUCAAUUAUCAACUAUUUCUUGCGUGAACAAUUAAUUUAUAAAAUUUUGUUUAUAAUUCUACAAAAUAACUAGUAAGUUGUGGAGUAAUAAAAGCGAGUAUGUUGAAUAUGAAAAGUAUUUGUUUAUAAGACUUAUAAAGCAAUGUUGUAUAAACAUUGAGAAUAGUUCUAAAUGAUCUGAGAGACAAUUAUGAUGGAAGUUGGUGAUAUUGUACAAUGUAUGUAAAAAUAUAAUGCAAUGAACUGAACGAACAAAUAUAAAACAAUUACUAAGUGA